AUGCGAGAGCUGGAAUGGGACCACAUGGGAGUGAAGGUUGGAGGUCGGCAGCUACACCAUUUACGCUUUGCUUGUGACAUUGUCCUGAUAACACGUAGCAGCAGCCAAGCGGAACGAAUGUUGACUGAACUCGGCAAAACAUGUGAAGGCAUCGGUCUUCAUGUGAAUCUGCAGAAGACGACGUUCAUGCGUAACGGAAGGGUCUCGGAUGCCCUAUAUACGCUCAACGGAACAAACAUAUUCGAAUGCACUAGCAAUGUAUAUCUAAAUAGAUCUCUAUCAAAAGAGGAAGAGAGAUAUGUGAAGGCCCUUAGUCUGCGUUGUGCCAUGCUGGGAGCAACGUUUCUCUCCAUAUGUGCUGCUGUAGCAGGACGCAAUAUCUAUGUGGAUAUGCUAGGAGAGAACUCUCCCUUCGCAGAUCCAUCGAGCAUCGAUAGGCAUUUAUCAAACAUGGAGAAACUAAACACACUGCAAAGUAAAAUAAUGGGAAUACGGCCUACAUCACACGAUCAAAUAAACUUCGAUGCGGAUCCAGCGAGCCCAGACCAACUUCCGUAUUUGUUCGAGGGAGACAUGAUUCUUACCGAAAGCCAGAUGGAUUCGAUUUUAAGCAACACAGAAGACCAGCUAUGGGCUAAGCAAGGGGGGCACAUACGGCCUCGUCGGUCGAUGACAUCAUCACUGUACGCUCGCUGGACGACGUUCCCCAUACCUUACUAUAUCAAUGUUGCUUCUGGAGUGAGCGAACCUGCUGUACUUGCUGGUGUUGCUCGCUGGGAAACUGACACAUGUCUUACAUUCGAACGGCAGUACAGCAGAGCAAAUGGAAAUGGACUCGAAUUCUUCCUCGGAAGCGGUUGUUACUCCAUGGUUGGACGAGUUGGUUAUUCUUCGCAACAGAUUUCUAUUGGAUACGGAUGUACUUCCCUUGGAACAGUUACGCACGAAAUCGGUCAUGCUCUCGGAUUCUUCCAUGAACAAGGUCGCUAUGAUCGUGAUGCUUACGUGUCGAUUGACUCUCAAAACAUACAAAAUGGCUACUUGAGCCAGUUUACUAAGCAAUCAAGGUCAUCGAUGGAAGAUUACGGUGUCGGGUAUGACUACGGUUCUGUGAUGCACUACGAUCAAUUUAGCUUUUCUUCCAACGGUCGUUCCACCAUCAAGACACUGGACAACAACUAUCAACAAACCAUUGGCCAACGAGAGGGUCCAUCUUUCAUGGAUGUAAAGAGAAUAAACCUAGCAUACUGCAACAGUACCUGUUCUUCUACACUGUCUUGUCUUAAUGGGGGUUACACUGAUCCAAAGAACUGCGCUGUGUGCCGUUGUCCUUCUGGAUUCGGCGGGACUUUAUGCGAUCGUGCUGCGAUAAAUUCUGGUCUAUGUGGUGCUGGAGAUCUUUUUGCUGACUCCUCGUUUAAACUGCUUUCAGUUAGCGGUGCUGUCUCCUGCUCCUUCGUUGUCAAGGCGCCCCCAGGUCGUCGAAUCUACUUCGAAGUGUCCACAUUUAGAUUCACAGCUGCGAAUCUUUGCAACUACAACUUCCUUGAGAUCAAGUACAAUGCUGAUUUGCAACGAGCAGGAGCAAGGUCAAAAUCAAAAGAGUCGAUGCAACUGAAAUUCGUUGUCGGAGUCUUCAACGCAAAACUAAGAGAGGCUACAAAAGAAGAAUACAGGAUUGGAAGAUUUGGAAUAGGGAACCGGAAUGAAAAUGGCAAUCGUCUCGCCGGGCUGUUGUUCUCCGCUCGCCUAUUUCAUGGGAACUCUCUUUUCAUGAAGAAAGUCAUCGUCAGUGGACAAAUCGUCCAAUGGCGCGACUCGUGCGGAGAUCGAUGUUCGACCACAUGCUCGCCAACCGGAGGUGGUGUCUACUUGACGUCUCGGAAGUACCAUCCUUUUGUAGUGGUUCUGAUCACCGUCUUCUUCGUGCGAAAAUACGACUUAGCCACACGAUGGAAAAGAACAACUGCUAUUGGCAACAAAGAAGAAAAGAAGUCGUCUACGACGAUUGGCGUACUCGAGGACUCCUUGUCCCAGGGUGACUGGCACAUCGGGGAAGACCCAAACGUGGACUAUGAGAUGUUGCUCAGAGGAUUACAAGCCUGUGCUGAGCGUGCCUCGAAGCCGCGCAUGACAAACUUGAGUUGA